GCUACCAAAAAAAGGAAAUAUAAACCUCCCUUUUAUUUCCCCCUUUCAUCAACCUUAGGAAAGAAGAAAGAAGAGAGAAAAUCCAAUCCAAGCUAACAGUUCCAGCAACAAUGGCGAUCAAAUCAGAAACCCUAACUCGUCAAUCCACAACCCCAAAUUCAUCCUCAGAUCAAAUCGAUUCAAUCGAUCCAAUCCUCCACAUCCUCCGAAUCAUCCCAUUCUCUUUCCUUCAUCUUCCUCGCCUCCGCCUCAAACUCCCCUCACUCUCCCUCCCUUCCCCCAUGACAGUUUUCUCUCUCAUCCUCCUCACCUACUUCAUGGUCGUCUCCGGAAUUGUCUAUGACGUUAUCGUCGAACCCCCCGGCAUCGGUUCCACUCAAGAUCCCCGCACCGGGGCCGUUAAACCCGUCGUCUUCCUCGCGGGUCGGGUUAACGGGCAAUACAUUAUUGAAGGGUUGUCUUCUGGGUUCAUGUUUCUGCUUGGUGGUGUUGGAAUCAUUCUAAUGGAUCUUGCUCUUGAUAAGAACCGCGAUCGGAGUGUUCGAGUUUCGUAUGCUUCUGCUGGGAUUGCUUCCGUUGUUAUUGCUUAUAUCAUGAGUAUGCUUUUUAUUCGCAUUAAGAUCCCUGCUUAUUUAAGGUCGUAAGUUUUGUAUAAUUGUUAUAUGAUCUGAUCUUAAGUGUUUGUAGCUGUUGAGGAAUUAUUAUUGGUUUUGUAGGAUUUCGAUCAUUGAGCUUGUUUAAAUGAUCAUAUUUUUAUCUAGGAAUCCAACUUAUAUAUAAUAUCACAUGAAUUUGGCCAAUGUA